ACUACAUGGAUGGCUGCGCAGCCUUCUCGAAGAAUUCGUGCAGUUUUUCACCGAUUCCAGCGGCUGUAAUGUUUUGCAAUAAUGAUUUUCACCGGUGAAGCAACUUUUGAACGUUCCUGUUAAAAUUCCGGUUUUGAAAUUGCUAUUCUUCACGAGUGUGUGUUACAUGUUGGAAUUUUGAUGACUUGCCAUAAAAUUUGCUAUGGAUAUCCUGUGUUGUGUCUGCGCUUUCAUGGGAAGGAAAUAACUAGUAGGGCUGGUUGAUUCUCACCUGGGAGUGGGAUGCCAAAGACUAAGAUAAUAGGAAUAUUUCCCCAAAAAAGCACUCUUGCUGUGAUGAGAAGUUUGGGAAGGCAACACAAUGGAAUACAUCUUUCGGCGCCUCGGAUAAGUCAAAUUACUCAAUUUGCCGACUUGAAGAAAAAGUUUGGUGUAUGAAUUUCUUCGGAGACUAGUUCCCAGAGCUGGAGUGGCUGCCUUUGUCUGCUUUUCAGAGCCAUGGCUUUUCAGUGCUCCUCCUUUCGUCCUUUCAUUGGAUUAGACAUGGUUUUCUCCUCCUGAUUCUUAUUCUGUGAAGGAUAAUCUUGGAAAUUAUCACCUUUCUUGAUGUCUCCUUCAUAAUUUUUCGAUGUGACCAUGAGUUGUGAGCGCCUAGCCUUGCCGUACGUCAACAACCUUAUUCCCUACCACCGGACAAUUUACGGCCAGAUGACCAGGACAAGCUGGCAUGGUCCAGCAGGGAAAGCCAUCAGAAGGUCAUGGAGCAUUCGAUCAGGGCCUGAUACCAUGGGCAAUACUGAUUCAAGCUCAGGGUCUGGCUCCAGCAGUACCGUCCUGCAACACAUGAGUGAGUCAGAAGAGGACCCGAGGGGUCAUGGCGCUCCAAGGACGUACACCCGUCACAUUCCACCCCACGAAUAUGAAUCGUUGUCACAAAAUAACGUCCAGCUCCUGAAAGCGGAGCUGAAACUGGUCACGAGCGACCGAGAUGUGCUGCGGGACGAACUCCAACGCCUAAAAAUCAAGAUGGACGGAUAUAAGAAACUAGUCAUGCAUGAGGAGAUGAAGCAUAGUGAGAAACAUUCGAGUAGGGACUAUGACUGGUUGAAUUCACAAUGUGAAUACGCCAUGUCAGAAAUCCAGUCCCUUAAACGCCAACACGGCGAGACAAUGAAAAAGUACGACCAGGCGGUUAAGGAGGCAGAGUUUUAUCGCCACAAGAAUAAACAAAUGGCCGAUAAGAUGGAUCAGUGCAAUAAUGAUGCUUUUUCGCUGAAGUCACAAUUCAAUGACCUUCUGUUGGAGAAGACGCGUCUCGAACAGGAGGUACUUGGGGUGCAACAACUUCGAGAGGAAGAUAAAGAAGAAAUGGCUAAUCUUCGUCAACAACAGCGAGAUUUCAUCAAUGAAAAUGGUUCUAGUGAUGUUUUGAAUAAAAUGUAUGACACUGCUUUAGAUAAGUACGAUUCGUUGAAAAAUGACUAUGAUGCGCUUAGAAAACAGUUUGGGGAGCUAAGCGCAAGUCAUGGCGCUGCUAUUAGCAAGUUUGAUAUGAUACAGGAACAACACAUGUUAAUGAAGAAGCAGUAUGAGGAUGUGUGUGCUGAGCGCAAUGGUUUGAAGCAGCAGUGUACUACAUUUAUAAGAAACUGGGACAAUGCUCUUAGAGAGCGAAACGAUCUCAAAGAGACGCUUAAUCGAGUCACUCAACAAAAAGAUGACUACCUAAAAGAAAUUAAUCAGAUGGUAGCGCUACGUUUGAAAGCUACAUCUGACCUGACACGGUUGACCGAGGAGCGGAAUGCCGCCGUCCAGGAGUAUUCUUUGAUUAUGUCCGAACGUGAUAAUGUCCAUAAAGAGAUUGAACAUUUGCAGGAGAAGCUCGGUGACACCGUGAAACGGUGCGAGCGGACUGAAAAGGAGAAGAAGGCACUGCAGCAGGAGGUGGAGUCUCUGCGAUGUGAGAUUGCCUCCUCGUUACAUGACAGAGAUCGUGCUCUCAAAGAGGGGAAUGAUCUCCGCCUGAAAUGGGGUGAUAUCAUCUGUGAGAAGGAAGAGGUCGCAAAGGAGCGGGAUGAAGUCAUGAAAGAUUACGAGAUUCUCGCGCAAGAACGCGACGUGGCGAGGAAGGAGCGCCACGAGGCCAUCGAGCACCGGGAUCAAAUCUUACGGGAGUCGUAUCAGAAGCACCAGAGGGAACGAGCGGAGGAGAAGGAGUAUGUACAUAAAGAAGCGGAGGCCCUGAGGAGGGAGAUUGAGAAGCUGCACCAAGAGCUUGCAGAUGCCAUUCAAGAAGCUGAGGUGGCCAAGAGAAGGCGAGACUGGGCCUUCAGCGAGAGAGACAAAAUCGUUCUCGAGCGCGAAAGCAUUCGAACACUAUGUGAUAAGCUGCGACGUGAACGCGACCGUGCGGUGACAGACUUGGCCGAGGCACUGCGGGAUUCUGAUGAACUGAAGAAGUCGAAGAAUGAUGCAGUGAAAGAGUUGAAGGAAAUGAAGGAGAGAUAUGAAGUUUUGAUUGAGACACAGAACAGGAAACCGACACAUUUCAACACCGUCAGCCAUAAUCAUAGUCGCGACUCUGCAAUCGACACAGACCUACAAGAAUGGGAAACUGAAACGUUAGAAUUCGAUAUCGGCGGCAGUAGUGAGAGUGACCUUGGUUUCGACCUCUGCGGUGGGAAGGACGAUCCUCAGUCACCAAAUGACAACAGCAUCUUUGUCUGUAGUGUAACGAAAGGCAGUCGGGCUGAUGGAAAGCUCAAGGUCCAUGAUCAACUCAUCAAAGUUAACAACGUGGAUGUUACAAAUGUGGAAAAGAAGAUAGCCAUUCAAGCCGUGAAAACUGCUGGCGGAAUUAUCACAAUGGUUGUGAGGAGGAGAAAGCUGAACACGAUUAAGAGCAUGCAGGCAGUGCAUCUGAUUCUGGGUGACGGCAGGGGUGUUGGGCUUCUCUUCGAACAUGGCUUGUACGUCAGCCGCAUCAUCCCCGGCUCCGCUGCCGCCAAAGAGGGCUCUAUUGCAGUCGGAGACAGGGUAUUAAAUAUAAAUGGUCGGUCCACAGAGAAAAAGUCGCUAAAGGAUAUUUCGAAGAUGAUCGACGAAAGCGGGGAAUCGUUAGUGCUUAAUCUCCAGAAAUUCAUCCCCACACCUCAAUCAAGUGCUGCCUCUAGUAACCAUAAUUUAGUGGACAGUCCUUGUGUGAGUCCUAAGUCUCCAUAUUCUGGUGAUAACUCCCCGAUGAAGUCUGACUGCUGGCCAGUCGAGGAGUCCAAUAAUCUUAAAACGUUAAAGUCAAGUGGUUCGCAGACCGAUAGUCUUGAUAGUCCCAGGCCACGCAAGUCCAAGAGUCAUGACAAGCAAGACCGAAUGAUAUCGCAUCAUGACAAUCUGCUAGAUCGUGCUUAUGAGAAAAUUUUCGGGAAACCGCGUCAUAAACAUGACAAGGACGAGAAAACGAAAAGUCGCAACACAAUGUCUAGCGUUGAAGAGGAGGAAGUGAUCAAUGAAUUGGACUCCAUUUUACAGGCGUACACUAGUAGUCCCAAGAUAUCGCCGAGCGAUCGGAAUGAUCUUGAUCGUAAGGAUAGGGAGGACAGUGGCACGUGGCCCAAGUAUCACGGAGGGAGUGUUGUGGAAUAUUCACAGCAAGGAACAGUUUCGAUACCGAGUCCGUAUAAACGAAAGGAGCGCCCGGGCAUUCCUGACUCUAUGGCAAAACAGAUGAACAUACCUCCCGAGUUGCCCAAUAGGUACGAGCGGGUGCCACCUCUCCCACCAGAGAGAGGUGACUCGUCCUUCUCAGCUGCCAUCCGCCAUAGUCCACAGGGUUCUGAUGCCAGUAUCAAAUACAACUCGUUCAAGAAGUCAAACCCCAGUAAAUCCAGUCCAUAUUUAUUAUCUAGUCCUAACCAGUCACAACCAAAUAAACAAUUACCUGGGAAGAACUUCCCAGACAGGAGCGCGUCAGAGUCAAACUUUCAAAACCAUUCCCAGAAUGCAUCACACUUCCCUAUGGUGUCGUCACCGGACACUAGUAGUGUAGAAAAUUCAUUAUCGAAUUCACGGGACAGAGAUCUUUUCGAUCGUUACAAUAGGAAUAAUAGAAAACGUCCAAAGUCGGCGCCGUCUAAGAGGCAUGAACGGCGUCACCCUGGGACCCAUUACCCCUCGGACAUGCUUCCUCAGAAGCCGACCACAUUGAAUGUUUAUCCUACGUAUUCGCCUCGACCAUUGCCACAUUCCGGUAACCAAAUGAUCUCUCCGUCUGACCCGAGCAGAAGUGCCAUGUCGAAUACUGUCCGGUCGCCGCCACCGGCGUAUAGUUCAAGUAAUUCUGUUGACAACACAGUGACGAUGCGUUCAAGAAACUCUAUCCAGGUGUGCGUGGUGAAUAGUCAGAGGGUGUCGCCCAUCAACCUGCCGCCCGGCGCUCCACAUCCAAUCAAUCACCGGUACAGCUCGCCACCUGGGUAUAGCUCGCCGCCAGGCUACACCUCGCCACCUGCAUACCUGAACAGCUCAAUCCCCGAGAUGGAGACGGAUAGAACACCUUACCAUCUACAUAAUGAUUCGAGGUAUUCGAGCUCGGCGUCACCAGUGCCAUCUCAAUAUAGUAGCAGUAAUGGAACAGAUUGCAACACACCGACCCCUAGCGAGGAGUUCCCCUAUGGUAAGGUACAGCAGAGGAAUGCCUAUGGUCGUAAUCACCCUCAGGAUGUACAGAAUGGCUGUUCCACAUUCCCGAAGAGGGUCAACCGCGAUAACGAGAGAAUACAUAUCCCCUCGAACCAAAGUGUUACCUCAUCCGUUGGAAAGAUUUCAACCAGUUCUAUUGAUGAAAUGGGAUCAGCUCGAAGUAGCCCCAUGUCCCCAUUCCUUCCUUCGUUUGAAGCUAAUAAUAACCCAAGCUCAAUGGGAUCAUUGCCAAGAGUCGUGCAUCCAAGAAAACCAAACAUCGGAGAAAGUAGAAGCAUUUAUGUGGAGAAAAGUUCUGAGCCGCUGGGUAUACAGAUUGAGAAGGGCGACAAUGGUGGCAUCUUCGUCUCGACAGUCAGUGAUAAUAGCCUGGCAUCACAGGCAGGGCUUACUGUCGGACACCAACUACUUGAGGUGUGUGGUCUGAAUAUGAGGAAUGCCACAUACAAACAAGCUGCCCAUAUCCUGCGCCAAUGUGGCAAUAGUAUCACUAUGUUAGUCCAGUUCAACCCCAACAGUUAUUUCCCCUCUGAAUAUGAUGAGGACAAAGAAGAUGGCCAUGAUGAUGAUGAUGAGGAUGAUGACGAUGCGUCGGACGCCCACACACUCCCAGCAGCAUCGGUUGCUAAUUCUCCACGUCUAUCACGUCAAAAUUCGCACAGGGUUAGCACGGAGACAAUCACGUCAUCGACACCUACUAAUUCACCCAAGGCUGUUCUGAAGAAGAUGUUAACGCCUCCUAUGGAUAAGUACAUGAGCUGCGAGCCACGUUUUGUGUUCCUGAAGAAAUCGACCGAUACUGCUAGUCUCGGGAUAGGCCUGGUUGGGGGAAAUGCGGUGGGAAUCUUUGUGAAUGAUGUCAAGAAGGACAGCGUUGCUGGUGGACCAAAUGGUCUCCGAGCUGGAGACAACAUACUAGAAUUCAACAGUGUUGAUCUGAGGUUGUCCACAGCCGAACAGGCUGCAUACGAGCUGUCAAGGCCAGCAGAGACCAUCACAAUGUUGGUGCAAUACAAUUACAAGAAAUAUUUGAAAAUCAAGGACCAACCAGGGGAUUCAUUCUACGUGCGAGUCAUGUUUGACAAGCUCGCUGAGGUCGAGGGGGAGUUGAGCUUCCGCAAGGAUGAUAUCCUUUAUGUGGAGAAUACUGUCUAUAAUGGAGAGAUUGGUCUGUGGAAGGCUUGGGUCGUGGACGUGGUAGGCAAUAAGCUGAGAUGUGGCACUGUUCCGAGCAAAGUGAGAAUGGAGGAAGCAUUUGAGCUGAGACGUAGCAUUUCGGAAGCGGCGAUGGAAGAAGAAAUGAGGGGGUCAAGACGAGGCUCGGGAUACGUUCGAAGGAGUUUCUUCCGUCGCCGUAAUCGUCAUCAGCGCAACAACUCGAAGGAUAGUCGUGAAUUGUCAUCCUUCUCCGAUGCGUCCAUCAACAGUGAUUCGCUGGCUGUUCUCAAUGAUGGCACCUUUCUCACAUACCAAAGAGUCGAAAAGCUUGACUAUGUGACGUGUCGUCCAGUUUUGAUCUUGGGACCACUUGCUGAGGCCAUUAUAAACAAGCUAACAUCUGAGUCUCCAGACAAAUACUGCCGCUGUAAAUAUGAGCAAAUGACCUCCAGCUUGUCCAUGAUGGAUAAGGGUCAGGCCGAUGGCAUUUUCGUUGACUUCCGGGGGAGGGAUUCGUACUUCGAGUGCAUCACAACUGUCGCUGUGAAGGAGACAGCGCAGAAGAACCGUCAUUGUAUGCUGGACGUCUGUCCUUCUGCCAUAGAGAGGUUACACCGAGCGCAAGUCUACCCAAUCGUCCUUUUCUGCAAACACAAGUCUGCUAAGCAGAUCCGCGAAGUGAAAGAUACCCGUUUCUUACCAGAGAAACUCUCCAACAAAGUGGCCAAGGAAUACUUUGACCAAUUCCAGCGAAUAGAACAAGACUACAGACAUUUAUUCUCUGCUGUGAUUGUCGGCGGUAACCUCGCCCUGAUGUGUAUGCAGAUUAAAUCGGCCAUUGAUACUGAACAGAAGAAGACGAUAUGGGUCAGCGCUGGAUCAGUGUAAAAAGUGCCUGCUGCAACUGUCUCUUGCUCAGCAGCCAUAUGAGGCUGAGAAAUAGGACUAGUCUAGCUUGUAGGAGUCAAUCGGAAUAAUGAGAUGUUGUCAUUGUGUCAGCUUAUGGCUUGCUUGUUGAAUGUCUGACGAUGUUAUGAGUGCAAUAUGUGGACCCUUGAUUUUCUUGCUCCAGGACGGAUUAAAGGAUGGCAAGGAGCUUUCGCCAAUACUUAUCUGUGAUGCGGCGCUGAUACACAACCAGGUUACAACAAUGUCAUUAAGUUUGAGGCUACUGUGAUCCGGAAAACUUUUGCUUCGACUUUAACUCAAAAUGUAACAAUGUCCAUACAUUAUGCUCUCGUAGUUUCGCAAAAUAUAUGCGGGCAUGUGUAAAGCUUUUCAGUAAAAAGUAGGAAAAAAAUGAAACCUGCCUUUAUUGUCUGGGUUGCAAUAUUUAUUUCUGCAAAUAUGUCCAACUUCUCAGACUAGUGAUAUCAGUAUCACUUCGUUAAUUUCAAUGUUUCGAUACCUUUUAUGGAGAGUAGGAGGGAAUUAACAGAUUCUAAAACUUUUCAAAUCGAAAUUCUAUCGGAAAAUACUUGAUAUGAUUGAUUUACUUUACGCUAUUCACAUCUUGAGACAAGCAGUGGAUGUUGAUGUCAUGCCCUCUGGACGUAGCACUACAUAACAUCCUGAAGAUAUAACUGAUAUCCCACUCUGAGUUUGAGUCCGAGUCUGGUAUUAACCUGGUUGUUGGUCAGCACCCUCUUCAUUUUCGCUGCAGUUACAUCGUUGAUUACGGUUUGAGAAUAUGCUUUAUGUACAUGUACACCAGCUUAAAACGAAUGUUUCAUACCAGAACUAAAUUCACAGAAAGUCUGAAUUACCACCUGCUUUAUAAUAUUACUGGCUGUGCAUCUGGAUCCAUGCACUGGCUGUGGGCUGGUCAACUGGUAGUGGAACUGUACAGUGUCCAGAAUCCAUACACUUGUUGUGGGUCAGAACACUGGUAACUGUAAUGGAUCAAUACAUUGGUAGUGGAUCACUUCACUUUUAGUGGAUCUGCACAUUUUGGGAUAAAUAUACACUGCUUUUUAUGGCAUGAGUGUGAUGUCUAUAGAGCUUUCAUGCCACAGUCCAUGUAAAAAGGGUUUACGUCUGGUGUUUGAAAUUCUUACGGGCCAUUGGGAUUAUUUUCUUCUGAGUAUGAGACCACCAUGAAAGUUAUUGCUGAGUUGACAAUUUCUAAUUGUAUAAUGUUAUCAUUUGUUUGUGAAGUAUUACUUAAUUGAAGGACAGGUGUCAUGUCCAAGAUCAGUGUUAUCAAAGGGACAACCAAGGCAUGAGAUAUGGUUUUUUUUCAAAAUAAAAUAGUUUCCAGAAGGACCGUGAUAAACGGGAUCAGUCAAGAAUUAUCGGACUGCAAUAAAUAUUGCGCUUAAACGGAAUGUACCCGUAGGCUUACCUGAAAUUCCUAAGCCAUGUCCAAAGCCACUUCACAAACACUUGCAAAAAUCAAUCUUUGUCAUAAGCGUUGUGUGACUAACUCAACUGCGUCCUGUCACAGCAAAACGAGACGCAUGUUGCACAGAAGAUGAGCCUAAAUGACACCAGGAGAAAAUGGAAGAAAUUGAUGUGCUCUGAUUUAACAAAAGGUAGACAACAGUGAAAUGAACAACUAGCUCGUCUCAACCUGCCAAGCGCGGAGCAACAUGUGCCAGGUUUUGCUGUGAUGGGUAACGAAUGUGGCGAAUGGAUCACAAAUAGUUGAAACAGAGUUUUGCUGAUGUUUUGUUGUACCAAGUAAUCCAAAUUGAAGAAAUGUUUUGUUGAUAUGGAAGUUCCAUGGAACUCCACCGUCAUGCCCAAAUACAAAUGUCAUUUACAGCAUGUCCGUCGAAAAGACAUGCUGUAAAACGUGAUAGACUCAUUUUGAGUCAAAACUGUUAAGGUUCACAUGUUAUAUGUAUUAGCUUUUGCUGAUUAUUAAGACCAUACCAUACUGUUGAAAAUGUAAGAUUUAUAGACCCAGUUAGAGGCAAAAUAGAAACUGAGUUUUUUCCUGGUGCUUGUAUUAAAUCAGAUUUGAUUUAAAAAAUUGAAAGUAAUCUUUCGAUGGAUCACAAAUACAUACAUGUAAUACUAAGUGAGAUCAUUUUUCAGUGUCGCAAAUUGGUUAGUUAUACCGUUUAGUUAUGAACAACCUUGUCCAUAAAAUCUACCAUGCAAAAGUAGACUCAUCAUUGAAUUUACAAUGUAAUUUUAAUCUGAUUUGAAUCUCUAGAGGUUAAAUUUGAAUAAUUCAUAAUUUUGUUCACCAUUUUCCGUUUUUCCUUCCUCUCUGUAAUUAGUGCAUUCAAAAAAAGCACUUGGGCAAGGACAGGAUUUUGCAACUUGAAUGCAGGCCCAGUGUGUUCUGAACACAAACGCUCUGGCAAACUCAAGAACGAAACUAAAACCUACAAUUUAUUGAUACGUCUUGGAUGAUAUAUUGUUGAAGUUACGGCUGGUCGGAAUUUUACAAGUUUGUUUCAAAAUUCAACUGAAUUGUCCAAAAAUUCGAAAUUUUGACAGUACAGGACUGGUACAUGUAGUUUUACUUUGAUAUCUUUGAAGAAAAAAAUGCAAUAGAUCCUCUCUAAUAAGGACACCCUCGGGACUGACAAAAGCUGUCUUUAGUGGGGAGGUGUCCUGUGUAGAGAGGUAAAAUUGAAUGAAAACAACCAAUUUGGGACCAAAACUAGUGUCCUCAAUAGAGAGGUUGUCCUUAAUAGAGAGGUGUCCGCUGAGGGAGGUUCCACUGUAGUAACAAAAGGUGGUUAUGGUCACGUUAGGAGGAAAGAAAACUACCCUUGAUAGUUUUGUUCGUGAUGACACUGUUGGUUUGGCAAAAGGGGUUUGUUUAAGACUUAGUUUGUACCAUAGAUACAGUAAUUUAUGUUGAAAUUAAUGGUAAAUAGUUGGUAUUGGUGAGUUUUGUGUUGGCAAAGUUUCAUGUGUAACUUUUACACUCGUAUAUAUUGUGACAAACUCGAAUGUUUUUCAUCUGUUGUACAUUCUCAUCAAAAAGUUAAGCACUUCUGUAGAUGACUCGAAGUAAACACAUGUAUUUGCAUCGGGAAAAUUUCGUGAUAACUGUUGUGUAUUUUUGGAGUGUUGGCCAGUUACCACGGUGGCUAAAAGUAUCAGUUUGCCUUAGAAAAAUAUGUGCUUAACUGGAGAGGAGAUGAUAACACAAAAGGAACAUACAAAAGAUUAGUUCAUUUUGAGGGGUGUAAGACCCACAUUUACUAUUUUUAUCCGAUUGUACCCCUCUAACACUGUAUGGAGGGGCCUAGUUUCUAUUGUAAUACAAAUGUAAACCAAUACUUUUACCAACCGUGGUUACCCACUUGCCUGAUAUGGGAUAUCAAUGCCAUUCAACACGAUUAGUCAAAAUGCCUGUGACUCGUCUAAGAAAGUCCAAGUCGUUGGGUAAAUGUCAAGUCCAUGAAAGAACGCUUGUGUGAAUGGGAAAAAGUGAGAUGAAAUAUUUUGAGGUUUACAGUCUACAUAUUGUACAGGUAAAUGUAAUGGUAUCUCUCAUUUCUACCGACGCCGAAAAUUUGAAGAACCGGUUGACAAAUAUAAUGUUGAAGUACCGUGGUUGGAAUAUGUCUUAUCAAAAUUUCAUCAUUCUUAUUAAAGAUAAAUGGCCACCUAUGACAGGAAUUCUUCAGUUAUAACAGAUAUUUUAAAGCCCAAGAAAAGUUUGAUCAGUUGUAUUUGGCAGUUUGAUAGUUUCAGAGUGCGCACAAUGAUUCUAAGCAGACGGGAAUGAUAUGAAUACACGUACAUGUACCGUACAUUUUAUACAGUAAACAUGGAAAGAACGUGCUUUGUAUCUAGGAGAUAGAAUUUGGGUAUUCUGGGUUUACGUGAUGUAGCUAUUGCUGGGUUAUAGAUCAAAUGCACGACGUAAUGUCAGCCAUGAUGUAACAUUGCAGCAGAGCACUAAGUCUCUACUAAGUCUCUCCUCUGCAUCAUUUUGACAUAGAUUUAUCAAUCAAUUUUUAUCUACUUGACUUUUACCAAGAUUUGAACAGAAUUUUACCAUUAUGCUAUUGUUACAAAACAUUUUCCCGUGUUGUAUUUGGUAUAAAUUUGCUUGGAAAUUUGACCAAUAUUAGAAUUUAGUUGAAUGUAACGUCUAAAGUGCUAAAAACUAAAAACCAUGUAAAACCACAACCUCAAAAACACAAAAACUGAAAACCAUUGUGUUACAAUAGGACACCUUGUCAAUUUCCACCAGUGACUGCAAAUGUCUGUACAACCAUCCACCAUUUCGUCAUGAAAUUGAUCAAUAGGAAGAUUCCUGCAGAAUCCUAUUGUUGAUGCCAGAAUCGAAGAUGAGGUUUUCUGAUGAAUGUACUAGACUUUAGUACUUGAAUUCUUCCUUUCACCGUUGACUUAUGCACGUGAGCAGAAUGUCCCAUGAGCAUUUCAUGAUGAAACCGCACUCUCUUCAUAAGUGUAGACCUACCCGACUGUGGAAUGUCAAAUUAAUACAAUAACAAUUAUAGCAGGAAUAAUCGAUUAAGCCAGGCAUGCUUUUCAAGUUUUAUCACCAACAAAAUGCUGCUUUGACCAAGGGAAAAUAGAAAUGCAGUUAUACACAAUGCCGUAGAACAGUAACAUAUAUUAUCAGGUGGAUAUUUGGUAUUAUGCAUACAAAUUUGUUGAAACUCGGCAUUCAUAGUAAUUGUAUAUCUGUCCAGACAACGGCAUUGUUGAAAUCUUUAUUCAGUGCAUUUGAAAUGUUCAUGUUCAGUUACAAAUUUCCAAUUUUCAGCGAAUGGUGUAGGCCUUUAAAGGAGGAGUGUCUCAAGAGUAUGCCAGGCUGGCACUUCUGAGAAUUCUUCCUGUGUAAAGGGUUGAGCAGCUCAGCAGAGUUGUAUUGAAAGGUUUAUACAGGGUAGACUGGAUUAAAGGUGUAAAGUCGCGUGAGAACGUCAACUGUUGUUGAUUUAUCAAGGGUAGACUGGAUUAAAGGUGUCAAAUCGCGCGAGUACCUCAACUGUUGUUGAUUUGUCAAGGGUAGACUGGAUCAACAGUGUAAAGUCGCGUGAGAACCUAAACUGUUGUUGAUUUAUCAAGGGUAGACUGGAUCAAUAGUGUAAAGUCGCAUGAGAACCUCAACUGUUGUUGAUUUAUCAAGGGUAGACUGGAUCAAAGGUGUAAAGUCGUGUGAGAACCUCAACUGUUGUUGAUUUAUCAAACUAUAACCAGUCCUGAAACCUCCAGAUCUGAGAGAGGUUGAAGGGUUCUUUGAUUUGUUGAGGAAGGUAGUGUAUGUUUCUUUAAGAUGUCGCCCUUCACAAGGUAUGGGUUACUGUGUAUAUAAUUCUCUAUGUCUUGUGACAUUUCUAUGUGCAUAUUUUGCCAAUAUGUGUGUGUGAUUUGGUCAGGUCUAGCCAAUAAAAGUGGCAACUUUAAUUGAA